CUCUCUCUCUCCCUUAGACUACCAAUUUACCUGGCUCUGGCGCUAUCUAUUCUUCUCCUUUGUACGAUAUCAGUCCCCGGCUCGCUUUCCUCGACGAUGUCUGGCCGAAAAGAGGAAAAGGAAGGAAAACAAGAAACAAGAAAUCGACAAGACCCCUUAUCUACCUCCCAUCCCCGCACCUUACUCUCUCUGUCCCUCUUCUCUACUCUUCUCUUUCCCUUUCCCUUUCCCUUUCCCUUUCCCUUUCCCUUUCCCUUUCCCUUUCCCUUUCCCUUUCCCUUUCCCUUUCCCUUUCCCUUUCCCUUUCCCUUUCCCUUUCCUUUUCCCUUUCCAUUUCCUUUUACUGUUCUCUCUGUUCCUCGUGUCACCUUCCUCUUCGAGUCUUGUCAAAUUCUGUACCAUGCUCUACAGGAAAGGAAUCCGCCCUCAAUUUAAAUCGUCUACAGCCCCUUUGUCGAUCCUAUACACCACACACCCUUCUGUUUACAGCCGCUCCCCGCUUACUAUUCUAUCUAAUCGCACCAUGAUUUCACCCCCGUGCCUCAUCUCCACGACCGAGCCAAGGAAUCAAAA